UUGCUCUCGUUAAGAUAACUUCUUCCAACCCGUAUCGAUGAAUCGGUGAUGCAGAAAAAAUGAUAUGUGACAAAUAUUGUGAUUGUAUCCUGUGUCUGGAGCUGAAGGGUUGCGAGAAAAAUCUGAAGGACAAUGCGGUCUCGAUCGCGUCAAAUUUCAUCCUGGCUAAGCCGGACAAAGGACUGAACGAUUUGAUGGUGCGUAACGGUAAAAAAUAUACGUUUUUCGGGAUGCAAGUAGACGGGGAAUUCGAGAAAUUUUCUACAAUCGGUAAAAGUGAAAAGGAAAAUGACGAAACCCAAGAAUCGAAUAACGAAGAGAAGCAAAUACAGCGGACAAAUAGUCCCGAAGAUAAAAGCUCGGAUUCUCCAAAUGAAAUGAGUCAAAAGCACAAAUCUGUUAUCUACGUUAAUGACACCACAAGUACCUCGGUUGAAGAUUCAGGAGAGGAGAUAACAAAAAACGAAUACAUCGACGAGUGGAUGAGCCUAUGCAGCAGAGAGAAUAGCACUGAAAUCAACGUGAUUUUCAAGAAUACUUUCAGUCUUGCAAGCCAAAUAAUCAACGAAGUGCAUUCGAGUAGUUUGAUCCAGACGGACGAGGAAGAUGAGGAUGAUUUUCCUCUUGGCAUGGAGGCAGAACUGCUCAAGCACUACUUGAAGGAUCGAUUGUCUUGCAACUCAAGGAACGACCAUUCAUAUCAACAUCUACCAACAACUGACUCAACGGGAUCACUCAGCAACGAACUUCAGAAUAAUGCGAACUCAGCGAAUAAUUGCAGUAAAACAACCACUAAAUCCUUCUCGUCGACUGGCACGCAGAACCAAAAUACAACAGUCAGGAUGGUAUCCCCAAAAAGAAGAGUGGAACAGUUCCAGCAGCUUUUCGUAGCGAACAACGUCAAGACGUCAACGUUCAGCGAACAAUUCGAGAAGAACAACUUGUCCAAUUCCAAGAAUAAUAUAAGCAAUAGUCAUGAAUUCAAACAUAUAUGUAGUCAUAAUUCGAUCAUGGUGCCCGAGAAAGACACAGGGCCGAAACCUGCCGAUUGUGGGGUGAACGCUCUCAACCUGAAACUGCCUGUUCAAAUUAAUGGCAGAUUGAGCGGGACUGGCAAUGAGGAGCACCGGAAAUUGACACCAAGGCAACACCACCACGUUAGUGUGCAAGAAUUGAGAAUUCAGAAUCGCCAGCAACAAUGCAACAGUUCUUCCGAUGAUAACAGAUCUUCAGGUCAUGCAAGCAUGUCUGACACAGGAAAUACAUCGCCACGUGAUAUCUCUGGAAAAGAUCGUCUACCAACUGGAGUUGUCCAAAAACCAUUGCGAAAUCGAACAAACAUUCAUCAGUACAACAGAUCUAGACAUAGGGCUACACCAGCAAGAUUGCAUGUACCCUGGACAGGAGGUGGAGGGUUGGAAGAUAUCAAGUUGGCCCUUCAGCAACUAACAAUUCGUUCAAAUACAUCAACCAGUACUUAUUCCAGUAUAAGUGCUGGAUCUGAGAGUUCUGAACCUGUAAUGAGGAGGUUGAUGAGACAUUCAUCAUUGGAAACCAUCAACACAAACAUAACCAGUGCCGAUGAGUUUGUUUGGGUCGACUCCCAUAACAGGCUGGUAGAGCUUCAACACCUUCCGUGGACCAAUCACUGCAUUCUUCGAGUACUUCAAACAGGAAGAUGUAGCGAAUUCAUGAAUAGAGUGAACGUUGACAUAAUUCCAAGAUUAUCCUACCUGCUCCAACGUGCUCUGGUGCGGAUAGGAAGAGAAACACAGAGAUUAUCUUCCACUCUUGGUAUAUGCACGAAACAUGACAUAACCGUUUCGUUCAGAAUAGUUUUGUGUCCCCCCCUUGCUGAUUCUUGCAUCAAAGCAGCUCUGAGAGCCGCAGCGAUGUUGUCCAUGUCCAGUGAUGGAGCUUUGAAACAGAGCAAAUCUUCCCGAGCUGGCUUGAACCUACACGUCGGCAGAUUUCACAGAUGGAUGACGGACUUAAAAUUAGCCAGAUUCAUUCACGAAUAUGCUGCCGUAUAUUUGUGUGCCGGAAUGGAAAAUCUUCUGGAGGAAAUAUUGCUCCAGUGUCUGCCAAGUGAUGCAGAUGCUUCGUUGACAGCUACUAUUCUGGAACACGCAAUAGCUAAUAAUGGUGACAUGUGGGGCCUUCUGCAACCGUACGCUCAUCUCAAUGCAGGGAGGAUAGCGUCAGGUGCAUUGGCUUUACCCAGAUGGGCUUCGACUUCGAGCGUUUGUUCGAGCAGGGACUCAGGGAGAAGCUCAGCUCCUUCAGAGCCUUCUAUGAUGACCACUUGCGUCGGUUCUUUAACGGAGCUACAAGAUUUGAUCGAUCGGAUGCAACCCAGAAUACCCCUCUGCCAAAAAGCUGUGAGAGCUCUCUUCUAUUUUAUGAGAUGUUCACAACUCGAGCAAGGAGAACAAGGAAAUCACACUGUACAGGAACUCUGUUAUGAGCGGGCGUAUGUAGUGCUUCCACCUUUAGUGGAGUGGCUGAGAGUGGCUACAGCUCAUGGAGAACAUAGAUACGCUGCUGUGUUGGACAAGGACGAUAUAAUGCAAGCUGCUAGACUUUUACUUCCAGGAGUGGACUGUCCAGUUCGUUCUCUUGGCGAGGAGGCAAUGAGAAUAAGAAAGAACACAGGAAACGAAGAGGAUCAAUUUGAAGCUUAGACAAAUUCAGGUACGAAGUUUGAUGGAAAUUUCGAAGCCAUUACAUCUAUUCUUUUCCAGAUGGAAAUAGCUUUUCGUCUUAUGGCCACAGGGCGAUCGGAAUUGAUUCAACAAGCUAUAUCUCUCCUACCUUCGAAUUCACGAUUGGAUACACUGAAUACUCAAGGACAUACAGCACUCAUGCUGGCAGCCAUACAUAAUGAUGAUCAAGCUCUUUUGGCUCUAUUGGAUUCAGGAGCAUCUGUUGAUAUAGAGACUCCCGCAUCUGGCACAGUAUAUUAUCCGGCCGUCAAUGGAGAAAGUCAACAUUGGACUGCACUUACUUAUGCAGCAUCUAAAGGGCAUGUUAGAUGUGCCAGAAUAUUGUUGGAACGUGGAGCCAAUGUUGAAGGCGGAGCAUUGUUGAGUGAAGAGAAAUGUACACUUACACCUUUACAGGUAGCUUGUGGUAGUGGUAACACAGACAUGGUAAACCUGCUAUUAGCACAUGGCGCCCAUCCAUUCUUGUCUACCCAGAUCAAAGAUUCCCUAAGUUAUUCAGCUGCUGCCCAACGAGGAUGUUAUAGUGCAUUAUCGGUUGUAGCAGCCCAUGGGCACAGAGCCAUUCUCCAAAAGUUACUAACUCAGCCUCUUGCUUCUAUAACGAAGGAAGUCUUAUCUCUAGAAGAAAUGCUGGCUGAAGGGACCUUACCGAAUCAGUCGAAUAAUUCGAAUACACCACAGUUCAGCAAGACGCAGAUCAAGGCACUUCAAGAAGCAAUGUAUCAAAGCUCGGAGAAUAACCAUCUGGACAUAACAGUUGAGAUCAGGUCCCUAGGCAUUCCUUGGACCUUGCAUUGCUGGAUGCAUUCUUUGAGAGCUGCGCAUGAAGCUAGGCUCGAUUGUGUGAUUGACCAACUUCUACAAGAUUUCCUUCAAGUUUGCCCUGACGACUACAGUUCGCAGUUUGUUAAUGAAUGUUUGCCUCUUCUCUUCAAUAUAUUCAGAUAUAGCAAAAAGGAAGGUACCACCCUACUACUGGCAGAUAUAUUCUCUACAUGUUAUGGUUGGGAGCCCAUUAAAAUCGUCCAAGAGAAUCCGCCAGUCAGCACUAAUGGUUCCAGAAUCGAUCCCAAAUACGUCAACAAUCCAGAACUCAGUGACGUUACGUUCAGAGUAGAAGGAAGACUGUUUUACGCCCAUAAGAUAGUUUUAGUGACUGCCAGUCCCAGACUUCGUGCUAUGCUGAGUUCGAAGCUGUGCGAGGGAGGGUUACCUAUUGUACAAAUUAAUGAUAUAAGAUAUCACAUUUUUGAGAUUGUGAUGAAAUUUCUUUACCAAGGAGGUUGCCAGUCUUUGGAACCGCCGCAAGAAGACAUUUUGGAACUAAUGGCUGCUGCCAACUUCUUCCAAUUGGACGGGCUUCUUCGAUAUUGUGAGAGUAGAUGUGCCACCAUGGUGGCUAUCGAUAAUGUUGUUUCAAUGUAUAUUCACGCUAAAGUAUACAAUGCAAUGCAAUUGCUAGAAUAUUGCCAAGGAUUUUUGAUGCAGAAUAUGGUCGCUUUACUGACAUACGAUGAUUCUGUGAAGAGGUUGUUGUUCGCCAAGAAAGUUCCGAAUCACGAUGUUCUAGGUGGCCUGCUAUCGACGCUUCAGAAUAGAAUAAAGAUAAGGAGGAAUCUGAAUUGUAAAGUGGCUAUUAGUCCAAAACCUUCUCCUUAAUGGUGCUCAUUUUUUAUAGAUUUAUAUUUGUCGAAUCUUAUACCCGUUAUUAAUUUUAUGUUAUUAUUUAUGUGGCAUACAAUAUUAUCAGUAUUCUUAUACGAAUAAAACCAAACUUAAGAUAAUAAAUUAUAUUUUGU